CUCUGUUCUUCAAGUUCCAACCCUUCCAUUUUUCACGGAAAUGUUUCUUCUCUAAUUUCCCGGGCUUUGUCAAAGAAAAAAAAAAAGAAAGAAAGAAAAAGAAAAACACUUUCCUCCGCCGUUCACGGUGGUCCAUCUAAGAUCCGAUCGCCGUCGCCGAUCAGCGCCUCCGGCGAGCAUCCGAUUCAGAUAUCUCUCGCUCUCAGUUCUUCUACUUCGCUGUUUCUUGUCUGAUUUAUCCAGUGGUCUUUUUCUUUUGUUUCACUUCGUUUCAUUGAUUGUUACAGAGCCUCGAGGAAUUUUCCGUUUUCUUAGACUUUGUCUUUUGUGUCCGAUUUGUCUACUUCGAAGUUGCGAAGGACGUUUUUACACUGUCAGUUUCUUUCGUGUUUCGAUCCUUGGACUCGACUGAUUUCUGUUGGAAGAUUUAUCUCUGUUUCCUGUAAAAUUUUGUUUGUGAUUGUAGUUGAAUCGUAUUCUUCCUGAGAUAGACGGAGGCAAUUCGAAAGAAUUGCUUUCUGAUCUAUCUGUUGAAGCUGUGGGAACUUUGAUUUGUUGGUUCAGAGUGUGUUUGUGUGUGUGGGUGUGUGUUGGAGAUGACGUCGGGGACGAGGCUACCAACAUGGAGGGAGCGUGAGAACAAUAAGAGAAGGGAGAGAAGGAGAAGAGCUAUUGCGGCAAAGAUCUUUGCUGGACUCAGGAUGUACGGGAACUACAAGCUUCCCAAGCAUUGCGACAACAAUGAGGUCCUUAAAGCUCUCUGCAAUGAGGCGGGAUGGACUGUCGAACCUGAUGGUACCACUUACCGUAAGGGAUGCAAGCCAAUUGAACGUAUGGAUGUGGUUGGUGGAUCGGCAGCUGCAAGCCCAUAUGCAUCUCACCAACCAAGUCCUUGUGCUUCCUUCAAUCCAAGCCCCGGUUCAUCUUCUUUUCCAAGUCCAGCAUCAUCCUCAUAUGUUGGUAAUCCGAAUGCUGAUGGAAGUUCACUUAUCCCCUGGCUCAAAAACCUUUCAACGUCAUCAUCUUCAGCAUCCUCGUCCAAACUCCCAAAUCAUUAUAUUCAUGGAGGUUCCAUCAGUGCUCCUGUUACUCCUCCUCUGAGUUCCCCAACUGCUAGAACGCCACGACUCAAACCUGACUGGGAAGACCAAUCUGUCCUACCAGGAUGGAGUGCACAAUACUAUUCCUCACAGCCAUCUUCUACUCCACCAAGUCCUGGGCGUCAGAUUCUUCCCACUCCAGAAUGGUUUGCUGGCCUUAGAAUUCCUCAGGGUGGACCCAACUCUCCAACAUUUAGUCUUGUUUCGACAAACCCAUUUGGUUUCAAGGAAUCAGCAAUGACUGGUGGAGGAUCUCGCAUGUGGAACCCUGGUCAAAGUGGGACCUGCUCUCCUGCCAUUGCAGCAGGCUCCGAUCACACUGCAGAUAUUCCAAUGUCAGAAGUGAUCUCUGAUGAGUUCGCCUUUGGAAGCAAUGCAGCAGGAAUAGUGAAGCCAUGGGAAGGAGAACGAAUUCAUGAGGAAUGUGGUUCAGAUGAUCUAGAGCUGACUCUUGGGAACUCAAGGACCAGGUAAUGUAAUGGAUAGCACACAUAUUACCAAAUAGUCUACUUGCAAAUCCCUGGUGAGAACUGUCACAUUGGGUUCAAGGUGAGCGUUACUGAUUCUGCUUCCUUCCACCACCCAUUAUUAUUCUUUUUUAAAAUUUUCAUUUUCCCUCGUUAAGUUAAAUAUACAGGUCCCUGUCCCUUUGGAAACAGAAUUUUUACUGUUAGUGUCGUAUAUGUAUGUGUUGUUUGUCUUCAAUCUUUCGUUUUCCUUUAUAGAUCACAAAAAAAAUGCUGAAUGAACUGAUGAGAUAAUCCAUAUGCAACAGUGCCCUAACUUUUGUGGAUAUCGAGAGAGUGGAACUUUUCCGUUGGCUUUUCUUUCUUCAAUGAUAGUCAUUGUUGUUAUCAUUA